AGUAGCUAAACUACUUAUGUUUAAAGACGGCAUCGAUGCCAAAACACUGGUGGAAUCGGAUGAUUUCAAAACAGGCAUAUCCUCCCACAUCCAACAUGAUGUCUGGGCUACACAAUUAGCUAAUUCUAGCAAACAACUGGUCACUACCCAAGACACCAUCAAGAAGGCUAUUAGCCACGGGCUCGAUAAUAUCACUUCGGUGGUGAGCAAAAAAAUACAACAGGAAUUCCGGAACCAGAAUUUCCGACGUAACAACUGGCGUGACGACGACUAUGACAGACAAUCAUAUCGCCGCCCGGAUGAUUACAGCCGGAACCAGCGUCAAGCUGAGCAACCAAUGUAUCAACCAACCAUUGGUACACCAACUAUAGCCAUCAACCCAGCCCCACAACAGCUCAACCAGCAGCUGGCAGCCCCACAGGGCUAUUGGAACCCGGCAAUCGCCAACCAACCAACAGGCUUAGUCUAUGCCUCACCUCAACCGGUUCAGCAACAACCGGUUCAGCAACGUACUGAAAUUCCGUACCGUAAUUUUAUAACAAGGGUCAGCACGGGCUACAAACCCCAUAUCUACCCGACCGUUAAGGCAUUAAAUCGGAUGCUCCGAAACCAGGUCCUUAUAAACCAAUCUCACUACAAUAUCUCUGAUGAAGAGAUUGAGGCCCUCUGCCUCGGACUUAACUUCAUACCAUCGGACAUUAGUCCGGAAGCGAAAGAAGCCAACUCCAGCAACCUUAACCAAGGUGUCAGCAAACUAAUUAGAGCAAUCAACAUCAGCCUACAUUUUGGAGAUAACUCCAGUACGAAUACAAGGAAGGGACGACUAACUAAGUUCCUCCCGAGCACUUGGGACCCCCCUACCCGAUCAUGGACACAAAUUCCAGCUGUGAUCGAUAUCCUGGACAAUAUCAUGAGCGUACCAAACGGUGCUGAACAUGUGGGAACUCCCCAACCAAUUAUAGAAGCAAUCGAGAAACUUCAAUCAGAAACCAAACUACACAUCCUUAAAGCGGAUAAAGGCCGGAACACAGUAAUCUGGGAAGCAGACGCCUACGACAGGGAGGCAACUAGACAGUUGUCAGACAUAACUACGUAUACGGAAUUAACCUUAUCUGAGUAUCACUCUCACCUCCAACGAAUCCAUUGCCUAUGUGAGACUCUCUCUGAGAAUCUACUAGCUAAUGGUUACAUAACAACAAUGGAGGACGAAGCAAUACGCUCCACCGAAACACGUGGAGCAUAUAUUUACUUUCUGCCCAAAACCCACAAAGACAUAAACAAAACAAGCUUAACAUUUCCUGGGCGACCAAUUGUUGCUACCUUCACAUCAGGAACUUAUCUACUCGACAAACUGAUAACAGAGGUUACUGCACCUCUCCUCCCCCGAAUACCGGGUUCACUAAUUGACACUAGCGACCUCGUGGAUAAACUUCCUAAACAAAAGUUACCUGAGGGUACACUCAUCACCACAAUGGAUGUGACCAGCCUAUACCCAAACAUACCAUGGGGUCCUGGCAUAGAGGCCGCAACCUCAUUCUACACCAGCAACCUGGAAUUCUUGCAACAGGUCGCGGAACAAAACAAUCUACUCCGACCACCCCACCCAGCACUAUUCAAAAGAAUUCUCAACACUGUCUUAUGCAACUCUAUCAUUAACUUCAAGGAUAUACGGUUUUUUCACCAAACCAAAGGCACGGCCAUGGGUUGUUGUAUCUCGGUCUAUUUCGCCAAUUGCUAUAUGUUCCACCUUACUCAACCGGUGAUCGAAAGACCUCCAGGUUGGCUUAUCACCUUCCUAAGAUUCAUAGACGACAUUCUCAUCAUCUCGAAUCACACGGGACCCAACGAACUACCUGAAUUAAUUAAAUCUAUAACUACGGAGCAUAUAGCGUAUACACACACGCAGCCCAGCCAAUCGGACAAUUUUUUGGAUAUCACUAUCCACCUCAAAGCUUCUACCAACACACUUGAAAUCUCACCUUAUACUAAGGAAACGGCCUCGGGAGCCUAUUUACACCCAGCCUCCAAUCACCCCGGUCAUGUCCUUUCGGCCAUACCGUACUCUCAAUUUUUAAGAUUACGACGAAACUCGUCUACAAUUGAUAUAUUCAAAAACACGCCCGAAAAAUGA